GUGCAAUUCUAUACUCCGAUCGGAUAUCCUUCUGUCUGGGAUGGCAUCACACAGGGCUACGAGAUGAGUACCUGCGGAGAUGUUCAUCAAACGGCUGAUUUCAUCCGUACAUGCAUCCAGAACUGUGAUGAGAAUCACGCUUCCUGCAAACCUCAAUCACCUACGAUGCCAACAAGAGUCAUCUAUGUCGGUAACGCCGAAGAUACUCAGGUACGGCUGGUUGAAACCGCUCAUAUUCAUGCUAGCCCCUAUACCGCGCUUAGCUACUGCUGGGGCAAGAGUGGAAAUUUUGUGACUAUGAAAGGAACCAUCGAUAGCCACAAGGCAGCUCUUGAUGUGGAGGAUUUUCCACAGACGGUGAGAGACGCUGUUCAAAUCACCAGAGGACUUGGCCUGAAGUAUCUGUGGGUAGAUGCAAUCUGCAUCAUCCAGGACUCCGCCGAAGACUGGGAAAAGGAGGCCGCAAAGAUGGCAUCCGUCUACAGUGACGCGUACUUCACCAUUGCCGCUGCAACCGCUCACACCUCCACUGAAGGGUUCAUCUCCCAGAAACACGAAGAGGCCCUUCAACAACAGCCAUUCCGAAUGAAUUGGCGUACCGAUCGAGGAAAGCAGUCUGUCCUUGCAGCUCGAGUCAUUCCAGGGGCAGAUGCGCAUAUGGCGACCAUUACUGGAGAUCGCAAGCCGAAACUUCCGCUCAUGACGAGAGGUUGGACCCUGCAAGAAGAACUUCUCUCACGCAGAACAGUGACUUACACGGAACAUGAGUUGUGGUGGACCUGCCAAACUGAGAGGGAUUGCGAGUGCCAUACCUACAGCGAAGUUUCUACGAAUACUCAGACGACUCUAUUUUCCCCCAAAGAUAUGACCAGCCCCCAAGUCGCGUUUGGUCAGUGGCGCGAUCUUGUGAGUGAAUUCUUUCAACGGCAACUCACGUUCGGCAGUGACAGACUACCUGCGAUGUCUGGUUUAGCAACUGUCUUCCAACAGAAAACAGGAUCCCCUUACGUCGCCGGGUUAUGGAAAGACAAUCUCAUCAACGACUUGUUGUGGUAUACGCCAAAGAGAAGGAUCGAGAAGUUAGAUGAUGCGAAUUCUCAAGACAGGGUCAACUGCUACAUUCCAACAUUUUCUUGGGCGUCAGCUGGUGGCCAGAUCGACUUUUUCAAAGGGCCAUAUGUUGAACCAGGUUCCCAGGCAAACCAAUGGGCCCCCCAAGCGGUUGUUAUCGAUGCCAGCACGACUACAGGCGUCAAUAACCCUCUAGGGAAUGUGAAGACUGCUCAUGUUACUUUGCGUGGUCGGGUCGGCCAGGCGACUCUUGAAGUAGUCGCCACACGCCGCGGCAGAUUCAGGUCGUAUGGAAUCAAAAACAACGGAGAAUCGGUUGAUUUCCAUCCCGAUGCGCGUUUGGAGAGGUUUCAGUUGGGUGUGGAUGAUAUAACAAAAGGUGAAGACGCAUCGGUUCGUCGAUCGCCAGCUUGUUCUGAGACUGAAAUGGCUGGUUCAGAGUCGCCAGUCAUGUUGCUCCAUCUUGGAGACUGGUUUGUCACUGAGGGGAAGCUUGUGGAGAUGACGUUUCUUGUUUUGGGAAGAUCGCCAGCGGGUACAAGCAAAUAUGAGAGACUGGGUCUUGCGUAUCAGCAAGUACAACUUGGUCGCGAGGGAGAUGCCAUUAGGCAUGCAUGGGAGGGAGAUGUUACUAUUUUGUAA